ACCGAUUGGCUUUCUUCGAGCAAACCCUGCGUUGAUUGGUCGAAAGAAACGCUGCCACUGGAUCUUAGAGGAUUUUGUUUAUUCCGGAAGUAUGACUGUGCUCUGGUGAGAAUCGGCACGUUAUACAGACGAAUCCGGUAUUCAUAUCAGGUGCAGUGUCCCUGCUCCUGGAGCCGCUGUAUUUAGCACAGAAGGAAGGAUGGCGUCCUACUUUGACGAGCACAACUGCGAGCCCACCAACCCGGAGGAACAGUACCGCCAGAAUGCUUUGCUGGAGCUUGCCAGGUCUCUGAUGCAGGGCAUGGACAUUGACCUGGGUCCAUUUGACAUAUCAGAGUGGGACCAGCGCCUACCACCUCCUGCCGCCAAAGCUGUGGUACAGAACCUCCCCACGGUCGUUAUCACCUUUGAGCAAGCAGACAGAGGUCUGAAAUGCCCUGUGUGCUUGCUGGAGUUUGAGGAAGAUGAGACCGUGAGGAAGAUGCCUUGUGAACACCUUUUUCAUUCCAGCUGCAUCCUGCCGUGGCUGGGAAAGACGAACUCCUGUCCUCUCUGUCGCCUCGAGCUGCCGACAGACAACCACGAGUAUGAGGAGUUCCGGAAAGACAAGGAGCGAAGAAAGCAGAUGGAGCACAGACUGGAGAAUUUGCAUGGAGCCAUGUACACUUAAGGAGAGCCCCAGUGAUGAUGAGAAACAGUGUCUUUAUGAUCUAGUAUUUUUGUGAUUUCUGUUUUUUUAUUUUGUUUUUACCGUGGGAUUCCAGCUGGGGUUUGAGACAUUUUUGUUGAGUUUGUGAUUCUUAUAAUGAUAUUUAAAAAUUCUUAUAGAAGGACCAAAGAAACUCCAUAUUAGGAGUACUUCUAUCACUACUUUUACUAAAAAUGAGUUCUACAGGAAAUCUUGACUUAUAGAUGAAUGUACAGUCUUUAUAACCUGUUAAAUAAAAUGUUGAUAUUAAGUAAGUUUGCAGUAAGUUGGAGGAAGGGGGUAUUUAUUACUAUGUGAAGUUAUGUAUAAUCUGAGCUUUGCCUCAAUUCCUUUCCAUCAAACACACAGCUCUUUGGGUAUUUGUAGAAAUAAAUGAUUUUUUUGGUAUGUUUUAUAUGAACUGUUGAUUUGGGGGCAGUAUCUGGCUCGAGGAUCAGGACUCAGAAGGUUACUUGGUUGAAUCCUGGGAUUGGUAGACCGAUGCCUUUGUUGGGACCCUGAGUAAGGCCCUUAACCCCAAAUUGCUCCAGGGGCACUGAACACUGACUGAAUCUGUGCUAUGACCCCCAAGCUUGCUCUCAACUGUAAAGGUGUCACGCAGAGAGCAAGAUGUGAUGGGCGAAGACAGAAUUUCACCAUGAGGGUGAAUAAAGUAUCACUAUUCUGUUGUAUUAUAUUAAAAUGGUAUUAAAGCAGUAUAUUCACCAGUGUAACCAUUCAAGUGGCCACACUGCGUAGUUUGUUAACUAGGCUGCACGCUGGUGAAAAGAGGGGGGGGGGGGGCUUGGCGAGUGAUGCUGAGAGGUCUGGGUGUUUCUUUUCCUUAUUUGCAGCCUGUUUUAGCCUAUUGCCUGUCAGUCGCUGUAUCAGUUCUAGCAGGAAUUUCAGCAGCAGGGGAUCUUAGGGGGUUUUUACUGCAGGAAAUGAUUAGUUACAUGGAAUGCUACAUCCUUCACAUAAUUCACAUAUGCAGAGGUAGAUAGUUCAAGUCCAGAAAGUACAAAUCCAGACCAAAGUUUUGUUUCAACCAACCAGUUGAGUACUCUGUGACUGUGACUCUUUAUACUCAUUUGGUUGAAAAUCUUGGUCCGGAUUUUUACUUUUUUGAUCUGAACUAUCCACCUUUGGUCUUAUGUAUGAGUCCGAUCCCUUGAUAUGCUUGGACGAGAUUAAAAUCAUAGAGUCCCUGAAGGUUUCCCGGUCGGAAAUGUCACCCAUUUUUUGUUGGUGUAAAACAACAGAAUAAAACUCAGCAACUGUAAACAA